AUGCUGACCCACCAACCAACAACGAAGAAACUUCCUCGUCCUCCUGAACUGGUGAUUACGCGACCAGUGGACAAACGUCAUCGCCCCGCCUCCACCCUUGCUUGGCGUCCUCUUGAAGCGCUUACAGCAGAUCACAAAGACGCACUUGAUCGUGGGUUCAAGAAGUUGAACGAUCAUGUGGCAUUUCACGAGUACCUCGUUUUGACGCCUUUUUUGGUGCCCAGGAAGGAAGACUCGAUUGCUCAGUCAAUGUUUUUGAACGAGUAUGCUCAAGCCAUCAUGUGGCGACAUUCGCGCCGUCCAGCCCUUCCCAUGUGCUACACAACCCUCCCUAUAGCCAUCUUCAUCCCCCUCAACAUCCCCCUCCUUUCCCCUUGUACACUAUAA